AUGGGAAGUUCAGUCCAGAAAGGGGGAGGAUCUCCCGGAACAAAGAAAGUUCACCAGGAAUCAGAUUCCAACUCCCAGACCCCCCACGCCAAAGAGACAAUAGACACAGAACACGAUGGAGGAACAACACCGCCCGAGCCAAGACAGAGGAUGGACAGCUCUAACAAGGAAGAACAACCACUGACGCCUCCACCAAGCAGGCCAAACAGGUAG